AUGUUUUUAAACUUCAAAAGUAAGUACUGUCGGCAUUUAACCUCCGAAACCAUACAGAGUACGGCCUUGUCGUUUGAGAGCGUACACGACGUCCAUGGCGGUGACGGUCUUCCUCUUGGCGUGCUCGGUGUACGUGACUGCGUCACGGAUCACGUUUUCCAGGAAUACCUUCAGGACUCCACGGGUCUCUUCGUAGAUCAAACCGGAAAUACGUUUGACACCGCCUCGGCGGGCCAACCGACGGAUGGCGGGCUUGGUGAUUCCCUGGAUGUGUAA